UGCUGAGGACACUUGUUGAACGCGGCAGGCAGAGGAAACCGCCCAUCCAGCUCAGUUUAAGGUUUCUGCAGCACACGAGGACAACUCAUGCACUAAGAUUUUUAUUUUUACCAGAACCUUCAGAAAUUACCGGACUAUUUUAUUCUCCGUGGAAUCGUUUCUAAAACCACUAAAACGCUUCAGACUAGGAGUAUAUUCGCUGAAAAAUAACUCAAUAAAUCAUCCAAAGCUCUCAGAAUGUCUACCGAGGAGGCUCCAGCUCAGCAGCAGCAGGUGAAGAAGCCCGACGAACCGCCUCCUGCAGCCGCGGAGGGGCCGCAGGAGUCCGCCGGCGGUGGUGGCGGCAGCCCCGCAGCCGAGGAGAAGACUCUCUCCAACCGCGCGCUGGUCCUGACGGGGUACGGAGGCUACGACAAGAUCAAGCUGCAGGAGAAGCCGCUGAAGAGCCCGCAGCUGCAGCCGGGAGAGGUGCUGGUGCGCGUCAAGGCGUGCGGCUUGAACUUCGCUGAGCUGCUGGGCAAACAGGGUCUGUACGAGCUGCUGCCCUCCCCGCCCGUGGUUCUGGGGAUGGAGGGCUCGGGGGUCGUUGAAGCCGUCGGAGAGGAUGUGAAGGACAGGAAAGUGGGGGAUCGCGUUAUUGCCAUGAACCGCAGCGGCAUGUGGCAGGAGUGGGUGGUUGUCCCUGCUCAGAGGACCUUCCCCAUGCCUGAGGAGAUGAGCUUUGAGGAAGCUGCUGCUCUUCCCAUAAACUACAUGACGGCGUACAUGAUGCUCUUUGAAAUGGCCAACCUCAGGCCUGGAAAAAGCGUCCUAAUUCACAUGGCAGCAGGCGGCGUCGGCGUUGCUGCCACCCAGCUGUGUCAGACGGUGAAGGAUGUGACCGUCUUCGGAACGGCAUCCGCCUCCAAGCACGAGGUCAUCUCUCAAGGAGGGGUCACGCACCCCAUCGAUUACCGCACCAAAGAUUACGUGACGGAGAUUCGCAAAGUUAGCCCGAAGGGCGUGGAUAUCGUGCUUGACCCUCUCGGUGGCUCUGACACCCAAAAAGGCUUCAGUUUACUGAAACCUCUGGGGAUCCUUAUAGUCUUUGGUGCAGCCAACUGUGUGACGGGCCAGAAGAAGAACCUUUUUGCCAUGGCGAAAACCUGGUACAACCAGCUGUCCCUCAACACCAUGAAGCUGAUGCAGACCAACAAGGCCAUCUCCGGCUUUCACCUGGGCUACAUCUCUGACGAGGAGCUCUUUGAGAGGACCCUGACCAGUCUGCUGGAGCUCUACCGGCAGGGAAAGAUCAAGCCCCGCAUCGACUCCUGCUAUCACUUCGAGGAGGUGGCUGAAGCCAUGAGACGCAUGCACGAACGUCAGAACAUCGGGAAGGUCGUCCUCCUUCCUGAACCCAAGAAGAAGGAGGAGAAGUCUGAGGUUGAUGCUGCAGAAAACGUAGAGAAAAACGAAGCUGCUGUCAGUGAAAAGAAGGAGGAGGAAGAGGAGGAGGAGGUCAAAGCAGAAAACUGAGCGAGGGGGUCUUUACACACUUGGUUCACAGGUUUGUUGACACUUUCAAAAAUGGGGGAGAAAACACAUGAAAUGUCUUGAAUUCUCAGAUUUGUCAGUAUUUUUUAAAUGUUUCCAGUGGACGUUUUUUUUCUGUGCAAUAUGUCAAUAAUUCAGUGUUUUUUAUUUGCUUGUUUUGGUCAUGCUUUUUCACAAUAAAUGUUUACUCUAUGCGUUGAUGCAACAUCAGAAGAAAUGUGUGUUUAUAUUGACAACCGAGAAACACAACUGGAGCGACCUUAACAGACCCACUCCGAUCGUCUUCUGAGGUUUUUGUGGUCUUCAUUGUGACGAUGCAGUUUUUAGCCAAAAUUUAAAAGCUUGUGUCAGACAUAGUCUCUGCAGAGCAGCAGUAGUUCAUUAGCAAUUAUCCUCAGAGUUGUGUGGCCAGUAGAGCAACCCCGCCCCCUUUCCCGUCCCAGUUACUAAGAGCUCAGAGCGGCGAGCUUUAGACCCAACCAACUUUUUUUCUACAUCACAAAUACAAUCUUUUUCAAACUGUCGCAACCAUAUGAAAAAAGAAAUACUCAGAAAUGCAACUUUUAGCUUAAUUUGCUUAAUAUAUGUUCUCCAUCAUCAGAACGAUGCCACAAGAACAUGUUAUAACGCCAAAAACACGCAUUUUAUCAGAGUGGGUUCAAUGACAACUAACAUUGGGAUGUAGCAGCAUUUAUAAAACAAACCUACUUUAAGUCAGAUCCAGCAUAGUAAUGUUUAUAUUAACAUACAAAUUAUGUUCUGUCAUAUAAACUAAAUAAAAAAACAAUAAAAAUGUAAGAACACAUCAGGAAACACUACUACUAAAAUAAAUAAAACACUUGGAUCCUUCGCAAAGCUAAACCAGUAUUUGUUUAAACAUUUUUUGCAUAUUCUUUAUCAAAACUCAACAUAAUGUUUAGGAAGCUGAUAAAAGUGCAAAUAUUUCAAUCCAAAGAUAAAUAAAUUGUGAUUGUGAUAAAUCAACAUUUUUUAGAAUGUUUGGAGAGUUUGAGGAAAGUUCAGGUCAUUUUUCUUCACUUUUUUGUGCCAAACCAGGCGAUCUUUGGUAACAAUCGGAUGGACUUCCCGUUUUUUUGGCAGUUGCUCGUGGAUUUCCUUUGAAAGAAUGGCACGGAGCACCUUUUGGGAAGCUUUAUUCCUUUAGUUUUACUUCGUUUUGACCGUUUUUUUUCCGUGUUUUUCUUUAUUUUCUCUCCCUGAAGCUAAAGGAGCGUUGGAUGUUUUUGUUGCUUUGCAAUUACAAACCAUGCUUUAGUGGAAUCCGAUGACCACGUUUUCUAUUGUUUUUUUUUCUGCUUGGAAAGCUGGAAGCUUGUGAUUAACUUGGAUUUGCUCAUUCCAGCUUUUUAUUUUUAUUUUUUUAAUUACGAGCAUAACCGAAAUACACAAUCUGGUUGAGAAGAAUUGACUCAGGAGCUUUUUGCCUUGGAUGUAAUCCAACACCGUGACGCAGAUGAUAGAAGCAGAGCACUAACGUCUGCUCCGACCACACGUCCAACCCCUCACAUUCCUCUGUCGUCAUCCCCCCACUCUCUGCUGCCUUAUGUCUCCCAAACUUCCAAAUGAGCUCCCCAGAUAUUGUUUUAUGUUUGUGACGAUCUGUUCUUUUGGACAAAAGUUAAGUUUGACUUUUCAGUGUCUAAAAAUCUGAGGUGUUAACCAAAGUCAUCCACUAAUGCUUUUCUUAUUGCUUUAAUAUGUUUUUUUAUAUUUUUUUAUGACUAAUGCAUGCUUUAUUUUUCAAAUAAAACACUUAGAAGCAUAGUCAAAUUAAAACUCUUUUCAUUAUGUAUUAAUGUUUAAUGGGGCCAUCUGGUGGUCAGAUGAAGUACUACACCCUUUCCUAAAGUUGUUUUAGUUGUGCACCACCAUUAAAAAAAUUAAAUUUAUGAAGUAAAAUAAAUGCAUUAGUAAUGGGUAAGUUAGUUUAAAUAGAGUUUUAUGUUUUUCUUUUUUUAUAUCCACAACACUGUAAUCAUAAAAAAGUGAAAUCCAACAUUUUAUGUACAUUUUAUCCAAAAGUUCCUUUCCUGUACUGAGCCUUAAAGGUGUGUGGUAUACAUUUUCGUCUUUUUCUCAUGUAUUUCUGCAUUGAUGUCACUGCAGGUUUUUUCACCCUCAUUUUUUUUAUUCUUAUAAACACUUUUUAUGGCCUUCUGUCUUCACAUGGCACUGACUUGUCUGCAUCAUUAAACUGUUCUCUGCUCGGAAGUUUCUGGAUUCCUCUACAGUAUUUCAACACAUCUGUGUAGUAAUGAGCCAGUUAUUCAAAGUAAAAGUCUGUAACCUG